UCCUCUCUCUAUUCCUCACUCACUCCGUCGUUGUUUCUCUUUCCACAUAUUUUCUCCUGAUAACGAUCAUUCCUCUUCAUUACAUCUGACUUUGAUUCAUUUGAAAAUGGGAUCCGAAACCGAGAGAAGAAACCCUUCUGCUGAACACCAGGCUGUGACUAACUUCAGACGGUAUUUACGAAUCAAGACUGUCCAGCCUGAACCUGACUAUGAUGGAGCAAUAAAGUUCCUAAAAGAAAUGGCUGGAGAACUUGGUUUGCCAUAUAAAGUGAUUGAGGUUUCUCCAGGCAAUCCUGUGUUUGUGAUGACUGUUGAAGGAAAAGACCCUUCCUUACCAUCUUUGAUGUUGAAUUCUCAUAUAGAUGUUGUUCCAGUGGAUAUGGAUUGCUGGAAAGUCGAUCCUUUCAGUGCUGAGAAAAUGGAAAAUGGAGAUAUUUAUGCUCGAGGAUCUCAGGACAUGAAAUGUGUUGGAAUACAAUAUAUUGAAGCUAUACGCCAACUUUUAAAAGAUGGGAAGAAGAUGUUGAGAAAUGUUCACUUGACUUUUAUGCCAGAUGAAGAAGUUGGUGGCAAACUUGGAAUGCAGUUGUUUAUAAAGCGUGAAGAAUUUAAGCAGAUGAACAUUGCUUUUGCUUUGGAUGAAGGGUUAGCUAAUCCAACUGAACAUUUCACUAUUUUCUAUGGAGAAAGAUCUGCUUGGUGGGCUAAAAUCAAAUGUCCUGGUAAUCCUGGCCAUGGCUCAAGAUUUAUUGAAAACACUGCUGCUGAAAAAUUUAGAAACAUCAUAAAUAAAUUGUUAAGUUUGCGGGAUGAAGAAGAAAAGAGGUUAAAAUCCAAUCCAAAUCUUGUUCUUGGUGAUGUGACCAGUGUAAAUUUGACUAUGGUUGAGGGUGGCCUGCAGCACAAUGUUGUUCCUUCUCGGUUCACUGUUUGUUUUGAUAUUAGAGUCCCUCCAUCAGUUGAUCCUGUCCAAUUUGAAGAAAAGCUUAAUAACUUGUGCAAGGAAGCUGGAGAGGGAUUGACUCUUGAAUAUGUGCAGAAAGGCUGUGAUAACAAGCUAACCUCCAUUGAUGACGGUAACAUUUGGUGGAAGACAUUCUCCUCAACAUUUGAAAAUAUGAAUUUGAAAAUUAAAACAGAAAUAUUUCCUGCUGGCACAGAUAUCAGAUAUCUACGUGAGCUUGGUUAUCCAGCUCUAGGUUUUUCUCCUAUGAACUUCACACCAAUAUUAUUACAUGACCACAAUGAGUUUCUUAAUGAAAACAUCUUCUUGAAAGGAAUCGAUAUCUACUACAAUUUGAUUUCUAAUCUUGCAAAUGUUAAAUAAUUCUCCAUUUAUACAUAUAAAAGUUUGUUCUCCUGCAUGAUCUCAGCUGUAACGAAAAGAUAAUGUUUGGAAGAAAAUGAAAAAGAAAUAGAGGGAAUCUGAAAUAAGUGAAUUACAUAUUUAAUUAUAUGUACAUGUUUUCAUGCAUACAUAUACAAGUACAUUGUGUGUGUAUGUGUGUGUGUGCAUGUGUGUGUGUGUAUAUCUAUCCACUCUACCAAUGUACUCUUCCAAUGUACUGAGUUCUAUAUUUCAGAUAAUGAUUGCAGUAAAAUAUAUUUUUAUAUACCUUACAACUCUUACAUUUAUAUAUAUAUAUAUAUAUAUAUAUAUAUAUAUUGAAAUUAUAAUAAGGGUGUUGAAUGAUUACAACACCAGUCUUUAUAAAAUUAUUUUAUAAUUCCUCGCUGUCUAUUUUCCUCGCUUACAACCUUGUGUAGUGGAGUAAUAAUCUAAGUGAUUCAUAGACCAUUUGGGGUCCAUUUCUAGCAGACUGGUGUUUUAAUCAUUCAACACUCUUAUAAUUUUAAUAUAAAUUAACCAUUAUAAUAUUUUUAGUAUGCUUGCCACUGAUAAAUCAUUAAAUAAUGAUUUUAUCCUAAUUAUGUAUGAAAAUAUAUAUAUAAAUAUACAUAUAUUUGUUUUCUAUCAAAUUAUUAUAAAAACGAUUUUAUAUGAAACUGAGGAAGUAUUCAAUAUUCUUUUGUAGAGUGCAUAUCAUUUUUUAACAAGAAUUGACAGUGACUUCAAAGUUUCAGCCUGCUAGGCCAAGCCAUAACUUUGAAAUCACCGUCAGUACUAUUCUUGUUAAAGAAUAAUAUAUGUAACAUUUUUCAUCAUGUGUAAGGUAAAGAAAGAUCACAUUUCCAAACCAUGGUUUCAUUCUGUCAAUCUUUUAAUCAACUGCACAACUCAUCAGUGACUGAGAAGGACUGAAACGUUGUGAACUGUGAUUGUUUCUGAUUGAAUGAAAUAUAUAUGGGGUCCACAUAUGUAAUCCUUGUAUAUUUUACAUAUAUGAGUAAACAUAUGCCAGACCUAUACACAAAUUUGUACUUAACGUUGUGUAUAUAUAACACCCACUUCACAUACUCACAGGCACUAAUACACGCACACACACACACACACACAUAUGCAUGCAUGCUUGUAUGUAUGUGUAAAUGUACAUACUUUAUUUCAAUCUCUGUUGCAGAUUAUGAUUUUUAAAAAUUAAAUUAUAUAUUUUUAUAUAUUCACCUUCUGAAAUCUUGACAAUUUGAAAAUAUCAGAUAUUUCGAUGUAAAUUUAAAUCGGAGAGAAAUUAUUCAUUAAAAUUCUUUUUGUUUUCUCUUUCUUUACAAAAAAAAAAAAAAAUUACCCUAAUCAUGAUAUAUGUAUUAUGUAUGAGAUAAUAUAUUCUCAGAAUUACCGACUCCAAGUGCUGAAUUAUGGCCACUGUCAGUUUAUAAUAUACACCAAAAUAUUUUGUUAACAGCGUGUCAACAAUUCUUGGCAGAAUUCUGCUUUAUGCACAGCAUAUAACUCCUCAUAGCUUUUUAAUUUUUUGGUAUUUUCAGAAAAGUUUUGCGGAUUUGUAUUCUACAAACAGGAAUUCAUACAAUUAUGCAAAAACCAAAAUAAAAAAUAAUUUUGUUGUGUGA